CCAUCUAACUGCUUAACUAAUGCGUUGAGUGACACUACAAAAGUGAAAUAUUUUUUGUUUACAAGUUGUGCUAGUUUCUAGAGUUUUCUCUGUAUCCAUUACUGUUGUGAAGAGGCAAGAAAAAUAACAAAAAUGAGUUGCCCAAUAAACAAAGAAGCCCUUGAUAAAUUAAAACAGUUUAUUACAAUUUGCAAGUCAAAUCCUGCCAUACUACAUUUGCCUGAUUUAUCAUUUUUUAAAGAAUUUGUUGAAUCGCUCGGUGGUAAGUUGCCAGAAGCGCCUAAAAUGUCGGAAGGCCCCAAAGUCGAACCAAAAGAAGAGCCUGAGGAAAUUCCGGAUGCACCUACCGAAUCAGACCCAGAGUCUGAACUAGAAUUUGACAUGACGGGUUGCGUAGAGCCAGAUAAACUUGAUGAUAAUCAAAAAAUGGGUGAUCCUUCUAAAGAAUUGUCGGAAGAGGAUACUGACAAAGCCGAUGAGAAACGAAUGGAAGCAAUGUCCCAAUUAUCCGAAGGAAAUAUCGAAAAAGCUAUUGAAUUAUUUACAGAAGCCAUUGAGCUUAACCCCAACAGUGCACUCCUGUUUUCUAAACGAGGUCAAGCAUAUUUAAAACUAACCAAGCCAAACGCUUGUAUCAGAGAUUGCACUAGAGCCUUAGAAAUAAAUUGUGAUUCAGCAGCGGCUUAUAAAUUUCGCGGUAGAGCUUACAGACUGCUGGGUGAAUGGGAGCUAGCCGCUAAGGACUUACGUCAAGCCUGCAACAUUGAUUUGGACGAGCAAAUCGAUGAGUGGCUAAAAGAAGUUACGCCUAAUGCAAAGAAAAUCGAGGAACAUUUGCUGAAGAAAGAACGCAAGAAAAAAGAAAGAGAAGAAAGGGACAGAAUGGAGAGGAUUCGUAUAGCUAGGGAGGCUCACUCAAAAGCCGCGACUCACGAUAAAGCUGACGAAGACAUACCAACCGCUCCUGGAGAGGGAGGGGCCGGUAUGCCUGGCAUGGGGGACUUCUAUAAGUUGUUGCAAGAUCCUGAAAUUAUGACCGCUUUCCAGGAUCCAGAAGUGGCCCAAGCAUUCCAGGAUAUCUCGGUGAAUCCCGCGAAUUUCGUGAAAUACCAGUCAAAUCCCAAAAUAAUGGCGCUAGUAACAAAAUUGUCCAGCAAAUUUGCAGGGUCCGGAAUGAACUUCCCAGGGUUCCCCGGGACCGGAACUUCUGCAGGAGCCGCGCCUGGAUUUAUGGGUUUCCCAGGUGGCUUCGGCGGCGCGGGCUCGGGAAGCAACCCCCCACAGCCACCACCAACGAAACCAUCCGACGACGAUAAUUUAGACUAGUUGAAAUUGUUCAUCACUUUUUAACAAUUUCAAUUUUCUUUUUUGUAACGGUACAAUUAAGGCUGAUAGUUCUAGUUAAACCUACUAAUAUUUCGCCAUUUUAUUUGGUUUGGUAAUUACUUCAUUUUAUAUUUACGUUAAUAAAAAAUUCAAGUGCU